UCCAUUCAGCCAUUGCACUGGGAAGACUCGAGUCUAUACUGUUGUGGUUUCACUGCGACCUACGUGCGGUUUUAUAGGUAAAAUGUUGCUAUUUAACUUAUAUUAGGAGUCAUCCUACGGUGUAAGGUGAAACUAUUCGGUCGGCUGGUGUCGUCGGUUAACAGCAGGGCUACAAUGUCUGGAGCGGCCGGUGGGGGAGGAGGAUCCUCCUGUUUGGGCGCAGCAGCGGCGGCCAGUUGCAGCUCCGCCGGCUCUCCCUACGCUGCUGGAGCCGGGGGAGGCGCAGGGGUGGCCGGGAGGCUGCCAGCUCGGGUCCUGGAGCAUAUUUUCUCCUAUCUGGAGCUGUCUGACUUGAUGCGGUGCGCGUUGGUGUGCUGGCACUGGUACAAUAUCCUGGCGGAUGAAAACAGCGAGGUGUGGCGCAGCCUCUGCAGCCGGUCUCUGAGCGAUGAAGCUCUGCGUUCAGACAUCCUGUGCAACCUGCUCACCUACAGGGGGAAACUCAAGGCCUUUCAACAUGCUCUGAGCUCCCACGACUGCUCCCGCAAUGUUUACGUGAAGAAGAACGGCUUCACCCUGCACCGCAACCCCAUCGCCCAGAGCACGGACGGAGCACGUGGCAAAAUUGGCUUCUCAGAAGGGCGGCAUGCCUGGGAAAUCUGGUGGGAAGGCCCUCUUGGCACCGUGGCAGUGAUAGGCAUCGCCACAAAGCGGGCAGCGAUGCAGUGCCAAGGCUACGUGGCCCUGCUGGGGAGCGACGACCAGAGCUGGGGCUGGAACCUGGUUGACAACAACCUGCUGCAUAACGGGGAGGUCAAUGGAAAUUUCCCACAGUGUAACAACGCACCCAAAUAUCAGAUCGGGGAGAGAAUACGAGUGAUCCUAGACAUGGAUGACAAGACAUUAGCCUUCGAGAGGGGUUUUGAGUUUCUAGGAGUAGCGUUUCGUGGACUGCCCAAAGCCUGCCUGUUCCCUGCUGUCUCUGCAGUGUACGGCAACACUGAAGUCACCAUGGUGUACCUGGGGAAACCUCUGGACGGCUAGAAGCUGAACAGCCCGUGUCACCGCUCCGUUAAAACUUCCAAGCUCCUGGAGCCUGCUGACCCUGUUUGUUGUACACUUUCAAGGUUUUGGAGGCUAAGUGGUCAUGUUUUCUUCCAGAUAGAAUAACUUUAUUCACAUGAACAAAGAGAACUGUUGGCAUUUCUACUACAGCUCAACGUGAACCCGGACUGGACUGGACAAACCACAGGGAGAAAGAAUGUGUGGCUGACCGACGUAAACAUGUUUCUCUACCACCGUGGAACUGUCCACAUUUACAGUUUAGCUGCUGAGCUGUUUUACUCACAGGUCAGGGGAACAUUAUUUAAUGUCAUGCAAUUCAGACUAACAGUGCUGAACAUUCACUUGAGAUUUUAUGUCUGCUUGAAUGAGGCCAAAACUACUCUAAACUGUGGCAAAUACUUUAAGAUUCCAUUUAAACAAGUUUUUAUCUGUAGUUAUCUGUUGUAUGAGGUAAUGGAAUAACUCACUGUGGAUCAGCACAGUUUAACUAUAAUCAAUGACUGGAGUGUAACGACUUCAUGCCAAAUCAAUGUGACCUAAUGUUAUAUUUUAGUAAACAUGGAGGACAUGCAGACCAACUGGCAUGCAUGUGCAUGGAUAGCGGUGUAUGGACAGAAACAUCUCCCCUUUUAAAAAUACUCACCCAGUAAUGGUGGAAACUAUACCUGUAACAUGAUAAUGUGUGUCCUUUUUAAUGUGCUAUUGUAGUAUUACACAUUAUUUAUUUCUUGGUUUUAUCAAUGGUACUAUAGAUGCUGUACGGUUAUAAGGCCUGAAAAUAAAGUCUACUUGGUGCCACUCUUAGAAUGAA